AUUUUACUGAUGACAUAUGUCAUAUGUAAAAAGUUAUAAUGUUUCUCAUUUAAUUGAUGUAACCGGUUUAUCAUAGUCACAUACCCUCUGCGAUUAAUUUUUAAUUAUCCGGAUGAACUAAUUUGAUUCUGUUGAAUUAGGUUUUUUUUUAACACUCAUAAGUUGUGGUUGAAAAAAGAUAAUAAUCUGAUGUAAAAAGUGACCAUUCUAUUGAAAAUUUGCAUAUUUUUGCUAUUAACUUAUAAAUAAAAAGUAUACUUGUUUGGUUGGUGGUAGUGGGAAGGAAUUUUGCUGUAAUUGCCUCUGAGAAAGUAAUUUUGUUGUAAAUGCCAUUUUUAGGUUAUCUAGUUUUGUAAUCAAAAUGUAACUGAGUUUAAGCCCGUUUUAACAACGAAUUUAUAUGUUUAUUUCUUAUUCUGAAGUAAGAUAUAUUUUAAAUGUGUAAAAUCAUUAUUUUAUGUAUAUACUUUUUUUUUUAAUUUCAACCCGUAUGAGUACAAAAAAGUCAUUUUAUUUUUAAUUUAUUAUUUAUGUAUAUAAAUAUACUUUUAAAAAUCAGAAUUUGAAAUGUGUCGAUAUAUAUAUUAAAUGUAUGACAGAAAUAUCAUUUUGUUAUAUAUAAGUCAUUUUAGUUUACAUAAACAUAAUUUUACAUUCAUAAUUAUGAAAUAUGCUAAUUCACAAAUUACUCUACUUAGAAUUGAUAAAUUUAUUUGUAAUAUUUAACGGCUUAGCCCUAAAAGUUAUUCUCACUAUUUAUGAAGAAUUGUAUGCCAGAUAUUUCAUACUAUAAGGGAGAAUUUUGAUUUGAUAAACACAACCAUACCCUCUAAAUACUAAAUUAUAACUCUAAAUCCAAAUGUUAUAAUAUUUGUGAUCGAGUCUCUUUUUGAAAAAUGUUAUCCAACUUAGUGUAUUUCAAACAAUUUUUCAUAUUAUAAUUAGAAGAAAUAAUAUUAAAAAGUGAAAUCUAGUUGUAUUAUAUUUUUUUGCAAAAAACUUUGCAUUUUUUAAAAUAUAUAUGCGGUUAGUAUAAUAUCGUUUUGUAUAAUCUUUCUGAUAAUUACAUUUUUAAAUAAAUUAAAGUUACAUAUAUCCAAAAUUUAAAAGUGCAUUUAAAAAAAUAUAUAUAUGUGAGGUUAGUAUAAUAUCGUUUUGUAUAAUCUUUCUGAUAAUUACAUUUUUAAUAAAUUAAAGUUACAUAUAUCCAAUAUUAAAAAGUGCAUUUUUGAAAAUAUAUGCGGUUUGAAAUCAUAGCAUAUAUUUUUAGCUAGAUAUUAUUGCACGUCGGGUUCAUACUCUCAAACAUUAUCCGGUCUUUUUCAACAAAUUAAAAAUUAUUGAAAAGCAUAAUCCAAAAUAAUUUGAUUGCCAAAAAAAACUUGAUUAGAGAUUUUUAUCCAUAUCUUUCAUGAAUUUUUUAUUAUUAAUUUUUUUAGUGUGACUAACCAAUAAUACUACAUUAUUAUAGCUAAUACUCACAGCUAAUAUUUUAAAAUUUACAAUUUUAUCAGAAACAAUUAGUAAGAAAUGCAAAAAAAAAAUAUUUAAAAUAAAAAUAUAAAAAAUUUAUCAGAAACAGUAAGUUUUUAUAUUAUAGUAUCUCAUUAACGAAAAACAAAAAACAGAAGAAAUGAUAAACAAAAGGAUUCUUAUCUAUUUAAUAAAUCAUGAGAAAUUCAUAUAAACUAAUAUGAUAUUCAUGUCUUUAUGAAUGGUUUAUUUUAUUUUAAAAAAAAUUAUAUUAAGAUGUUGAGAUAUUUUUGGAUUUUUUAACUUAUAGAGAGAGUCUUUAAGUAAAAGAAUUUAAAUAUGGGUAUACAACUUUGACCAAGAUUGUUUUGGAUAAUCUCUCUUUUAAUGUUUUUCCAAGGAAAGAUAUAUACCAAAAUCUCUAAGCAAAUUUGUAACCAUGAGAGUAAAUACAAAAUCCUCUAGUUAUGUCAUAACUAUAUAUGAUUAAUAAUUUGAUCAGGUGAACUAAUAUAUAUGCACAUAUAUAUAUAUAUUUUUUUUCAUCAACAGAGUGGCAGAGACAACACACUCUGAGGUAUAUCACUCGGUCUCGGCUCCUCUUGUUCCUUAUGUGUAUUGUGGGUUUUGUCUAUUCAAAAUUCUAGUGAGUGUUUCUCUUUGUGUAUUGGUUCUAUUAAUACAUUUGUCGAGAGUUACAGUGGUGUCCAGCGAGAUGGGAAUGCGUAGCAACACGGGCUUAUUCUUCUCACAGCCGCAACUAAUCAUCGAUGAUGAUGGCCACACCGAUGAUGAGUUUGAUGUGGAUAAGCUUGAGAAGAGGAUAUGGAGGCAAGGAAUGCGCCUACAACGUCUUAAGGAACGUAGCAAGAAUAAAGAAAGAGAUGAUGAGCAACUGAUCUCGAAGUGCAUGUUUAAGAUGAUGGAAGUGUGUAACGCACAAGGCUUUGUUUACGGGAUCAUUCCCCAGAACGCGAAACCUAUAAUAAGUGCUUCUCAUAAUCUUCAAGAAUGGUGGAAAGAUAAGGUCAGGUUUGACCUUAAUGGUCCAAUUGCUAUAGCAAAGCACCAAGAAUCAAAUAAUAUGGUUUGUGAGAGUAAUGAAGAGGGUAACAAUAUUGCAAAUCAACUAUCUCAAAAAUUGCUAAGAGAUCUUCAAGAUCCGACUCUUGGAUGGCUUUUAUCAGCAUUGAUGCCACAUUGUGAUCCUCCACAAAGACGGUUUCCUUUUGAGAAAAGAGUUAGACCGCCAUGGUGGCCUACAGGGGAAGAGUAUUGGUGGCCAAAAGAUCAAGGUCCGGCACCGCCUUAUAAAAAGCCUCACGAUCUGAAGAAGUCAUGGAAAAUUGGUGUGUUGACUUCAGUUAUCAAGCAUUUGUCUCCUGGUACAAUGCGUGAGAUUGUUACUCAAACUAAAAGUUUGUGGAAUAAGAUGACUACUAAAGAAAAGGACAUUUGGUUUAACGUAAUUGACCAAGAAGAGGCCUCAAAACAUGAGAACAUGUUAAAUACUUCAAACUUUGAGAUUAAUGUUGGAUUUCAAGACAUGAAUUCAAGAGAAAACAACCAACCGAUUUGUCGAAACCGAAAUGGCCUUUUUGCAUCAUCAAAGUUCCAUGUGAUGCCUAUGCACGACAGAAACAUUAAUGGGAACCAAUCUUGUUUAGUGGAGGGAAAUCAAAGCGUGAACCUUCAGCCAGAAGCUCAGAAUCAUCAAGAACAUUGGCAUUUCGGUAGAACUGAAGGAAACAUUUUCGAAAGGAGUUCUGUGGAAGACUUAAUGAAGUUGUCAAGCAACAACAACAAAAGAACGGUUUGAUUUAAUGUUUGGUUCUCCACCGUUGAAUAUGGCAUCGUUCGACGGUGGACAGAAGCAUAAAAACUUAUAUGGUUCGUCUUAAAUUUUACUUGAUAUAUAUGGUACGAUCUCUUCUUCUCAUCUUUACCAAAUAAAUGGUCAAUUACUGUUUUCAGAAAUAAAACUUGAGUUUUCUGAAUAUAAUGCAAUCACAAAUCUUGUUUUUUGUUUGUUUUUUUAAUUUUCUGUAAAAUUAUCACAUAUCUUUAGUUCUCACUUAUUUAAAACAAAACAGUUGUACUUUAGACUAUUCCAUUGCUGAUUAAUACAAUCGAAUAUUUUAAAAGGCUUAAUUAACGAUAAGCCAACUAAUACAAAACAUUUAAGGAAAUUUUGAAAUGUUUCAAAGCUGCCCUAUGAUACCCUAAUUUGGCCAUGAACAUUCGGUUUUCGGUUCGGUUCCAGUUUGUUUCUUUUGAUUCUCGGUUCGGUUCUAGUUUGUUUAUGCCGGUUCUAGAGGUUUAGGAUCCGUUACGGAAUUUAGAAAGUUUGGUUUGGUUCUGCUUCGGUUAUUUUAGUUUUCGGCUCGGUAACAAAAUUGAAAAUCAGCUUAUAUCUAAAGUAAUACCAGACCUAUUUGGUUCCGGUUUUUUGGUUAAAUUUGGGUUAAAAGGCAAAAACCCAGAAUUUUCUGGAUUAACAAUCAGAUUUUUUGGGUUUUAAGAAAUAAAUUCAGACCAUUUAAAAUAUUUUGGGUAAAAACUAUCUUAAUAAUUCAUUUUUUGGAUAUUUUAGCGUAUAAACAAUAUUUUUAAAUUAUUUGGUUAUUUUAAAACUAUAGUUAAUAUAUAAACUAUAUUAUAGAAAUUAAGGUAUCUAUUCGGUUUGAUUUUGGUUCAGUUUGGUUCUGGUUCUGAUUUUUUGGUUCUAUAGAUAUGUUUUCGAAGCACUUAUUUUUACACUAUUUCGGAAACAAAAAGUUGUGUAGUAAUUCUUGGAAUAUUAAUAAUAUUUUUCACGAGGUACGACUAUCAAUUUGAAGUUACUUUUUUUUUUACUGAAUCGACCAUAGACCAAUCGCCCUUGUUAUUUGGGAGUAUUGUAUUUCUAAUAAGUUGUUUAAUAGUUGGCAUACGGAAUCAUAUAAAUAAUGGGCUGGUUUAGAUGGGUUCUAAGCGGCUAAUUCUGAAUUACUUCUCUUCAAGAUUCUCAUCAAUAUAAAAACUACUCCUUCUGUUUUAAAAUAUAAGUAGUUUUACUUAAAAGCACUAAUAUUAAGAAAGUUGUUAGUUUUUAAAAAGUAUCAUUUAAUCAAUAAAUUUAACCAAUUAUUAAAAAUCUAACAUUAUUUCAUUGGUCACACAAUAUCCAAUAAAUAGAAAAGAUGCAUUGAAAUAUAUAAAUUACUUAUAUUGUGAAACAAACUUUUUUUGUUAAAACUGCCUAACUUAUCAUGACACCAGAAUGGUUUUCACAAAUAAUUUAACUAUUAUGUUUCAUUAUACUUGACGACUUAAUGGUAGUGAAAAAAAAAAGAAAAUGGGAAAAUUGUUACAUAUGUUUGAACCUACCGCGGAAUUGGUUCAAUCAACUGAAAUUUCCUAAGUAUUUAACUGGAACCGGUUGAUAAUUUAUAUCUUAAACCGGAUGAAAUUUUAACUUAGUUGUUGUUGGGCCCACUCAAAAGCGGGACCCUCCAAAAAUAGGCGUAUGCCACUUAGCAUGGAGAGCACACGGUAUUCUUUAGUAAAAGGCGAAAGAAUAGUUCGCUUUGUGCUCACCACAUGGCUGCGUGAUUUCCCAUGUGACAAUAAGCCUGUAUUUAUAACGCGACUUCUUUCUACUACUUGCUCUAAAUGUUUCGAUGUGGGACUCUAAAACAAAAGAUCUAUAGCGGUUAGUGCUUACAUAUCUAAAACUCUUCGUGGGCUGUAUUGUGCCAAAAUAAUCUUGGGCUUAAAUUUAAACAUAGAUCGUUGUCUUCUUCUGUUUGCUAAUUUGCUAAUUGGGGCUUUAUCCAGCUGAGUUUGUUAAUGCUUUGGUCAAUGAGUCUCGUCUUCUUUAGC